UAAAUCAUUAAAUAUUCAAUUAUUUGGAGUAACAAUGGUUUAUGGUAAUUUCUGUACUUUGAUAGAGGGCUCACACUUCAAUGCUGUUCUGGAUUUUAAAAAGGUAAUGAGAAAAGAAAUAUAUAUAUUUGAAGGGAAAAUAAUGGCUGGUUUUACAAUAAUUAAUAUUGUUUCUUUAGACAUACAGCAGUGGGGUAUAUGGGAGGAAGUAUGUGCCACCUCAAGACAAGGGUAAAAACAUUAAAAUAAGACAAAAAUAGACUUCUUUUUGUAGACAGUGCUUCUGUUGUUGGGGGAAGCUUUGGGGCUUUGGUGUUAUGCUAAUAACGUAUUUGAAUGUGAGAUUUUCCCUGACAAAGGGGGAAAAGAUGAGAGGGGGGAUGGUGCACAGACACAGAAAAAGGGAGUCUUGCUAAAAUUGGACAACCCGCGAGACUUUGGUGGGCGUGGACACCGAAGCGAGGGCUUCCUGCUCGGGUGAACACGUGGUUCCGUGUCUGCUUCCCUGCUUGUCUGUCAGUGUAUGAAGGUUUCCUGCCCUUCUCUCACUCCUAUCCCUCUCUGUCCUCCCGUUCAACACGGCAGACCUUCUCCUCCUUCUCGUCCACCCGCUCAUCCUCGUCCCUCUGCCACACUUCCCUUCUUCUCUCUGCGACGGCUCCCGGGACUCUGCCGACAGCCAGGCCGCGGUCACUUCAACGUGUAUCCGCUCAGAGAGAGAGAGAGAGAGAGGGAGAGUGUGUGAAAGUGUGUGUGUGAGAGAGAGAGGAGUGUGUGAGUGAGUGAGUGAGUGCGUGUGCGCGCACCCGCCCGCAACCGGUCCAUCCGUGUUAUUUCUUCCGCCAUCCCGCCUCGUCGUUCGGUCAUGACGCUAGAAGCGAUCCGUUACCGGGCCGGGUCUCUGCAGAUCCUCAACCAGCUGCUGCUGCCACACCAGACCGCUUACGAUGAGAUCCGCUCGGUGCAGGACGCUUACGAGGCCAUCAAGUCCAUGAAGGUGCGUGGCGCACCGGCCAUCGCCAUUGUCGGCUGCCUCAGCCUGGCUGUGGAGCUGCGGGCAGGUGCCGGUGGUGAUGACCCUGUGACCUUCAUCAGGGAAUCUCUGUGCCACCUGACCUCAGCCAGGCCCACCGCUGUCAACAUGGGCCGCGCCGCCCGCGAGCUGAUGGAGUUUGCUGAGAACGAGAGCAUGGAGAAGAACUCGGAGCAGCUCAGAGAAAGUGUAAUUGCCUGGAUCGAAGACAUGCUGGAGCGUGACGUCAACGACAACAGGAAGAUCGGUAACUAUGGCGCUCAGCACAUCCUGUCUGGCGUCCCGCGGGACUCUGUUACCAUCCUCACACACUGCAACACUGGCUCGCUGGCCACAGCUGGAUACGGGACUGCGCUGGGCGUGGUGCGAAGCCUCCAUGCGCUGGGCAGGCUGAAGCGUGUGUACUGCACAGAGACGAGACCAUACAACCAGGGAUCCAGGCUGACGGCGUAUGAGGCGGUAGCAGAGGGAAUCCCUGCUACACUCAUUACAGACAGCAUGGCAGCCCUCACCAUGAGAGAAAUGGACAUCACAGCCGUGGUGGUGGGUGCAGACAGGGUGGUUGCCAACGGUGACACGGCCAACAAGGUGGGCACGUACCAGCUGGCUAUCGCUGCAAAGCACCAUGGGAUUCCCUUCUAUGUGGCCGCACCCAGCACGUCGUGCGACUUGAGCCUGGAGAGUGGCAGGGACAUCAUCAUCGAAGUGCGCCCCCCUGAGGAGCUCACCAGUAUAAACGGAGUCCCCAUUGCUGCCCCGGGUAUCGAGGUGUGGAACCCGGCGUUCGACGUGACUCCUCACCAGCUCAUCACAGGAGGCAUCAUCACAGAGCUGGGAGUCUUCCUCCCCUCUGAGCUCCAGGCGGCGCUCACCGGUCGCCUCACUGCCCUCUAGAGCCACUCAGCCCCUCCUGCUGGUCCGUGUGCACCACUGCACCUUAACGUCAGACACUCAAAGACACUCUCAUCUCACCACAGAACACACACUCACACACACACACACACACACACACACACACACACACACACACAGACACGCACACAAACAUGGUUGUCGUUUGAUUUCAUUUUGAUAAACGCACAGUCACUGUUACAUGUCAGUGGUGCACACAGAAGAAAAAAUGUUCUUCAGUCUCUUACUCACCCACACACAAAUACACACUAAUUCACUGCAGGGAGUCAAGCAGACACACAUGUGCAGUCUCCCCUUUCUUUUAUGUCUGUCUUCUUCUUGUUUUUUUUUGGUCUCUCUAUUUCACCUUCUCCCAAGUUUUCCAUCCCAUCUCUCAUUCCCUCUCACCGCCUCUUUGUCUGGCUUCUGCGUUAACGAAUAGCUGGACUCUAUUCCUUAAAUUCUAUUUGGCAAUCUGUUUUUAUGAGUCAUUACUGAGGUAAUUUUUCAGGGCUUCUUCAACUACAAACAAAAAAAACUUCCACAAAGGCUAAGACAUGACUGAUUUUUCAAAGUAGUGAUUUCAAUUAGCCAUGGUUUCUAAAAUGCUGCUACCCACUUGUAAAUAUACAUAUCCUGGCUGUUAGUGUGUACAUAUGUAGAAAACUAACCCCUGCUAGGAAAAGGUACUGCUAUUUUAACCAAAUAUGUGGUUAUUUAAAAUUUUAAAUUUGACAUCAAAAAUGUUAUAUUAACAUUUAAUUUCUUUUGUUCUGUGUUGAAAACUUUUGUAGAGGAAUAAUCCAAAUUUAUAGCUCAUAGAUUUUACAACCAAAAAUUGUUAGUGGUAUUAAAAAUCCUAUUUCACUCACACUUUUUACCCUGUGCGGCAAAAUUUUGAACAAGUAGAAUUUUUCGAUCGGUCCUCGUUAGCUGAAGCCUAUGACAAUACACAACUGUAUUUAUACCUCAUUCCUUGUUUCUAACUUGCUAUUUCCAGUUCCAGCAUAUCAUACCACACUUGUAUUAUCAUAAUGUACUUGUGUAUAUAUAUAUAUAUAUAUAUAUAUAUAUAUAUAUAUAUAUACAUAUAUAUAUAUAUAUAUAUAUAUACAUAUAUAUAUGUAACCAUACUUAUUUCCGCACCGUACUGAUAUUCACUAUACUGCACAGCACACUCUAUAAGACUGAAACAUCUCUAAAAAGGAAUCGGUGUCAUUUUUGCCAUGACAGCUUUUGCUGUGAGCUGAGAAGUUUCUAAUGAUGUUGUAUUUCUGUAAUACAGGCAUCACAAUUAAAGGAAUAGUUCACCCCAAAAUGAAAGUUUGGUUAUCUGCUCACUUGCACGUCAAUCAAGACUUUACUGUUUGUGUAACCACAAAAUACCAGGACAGCUUAUUAUGGUUCCUGUAAGUCAGGGUUAUCAAAAAUGAUGUUUAAAUUUUACAGCCUGGAAGAAUGCAAAAAAAAAAAAUCUAAUAAUAACCUUAAUAUCUUCAUUAUAUUUCCUAUAACACUGCAUUUUCCAUUUCAACUAGAGCAGCGUCAAAACAAUACAAGAAAAGCUAAAUAUUGUACUUUAAAGCUGCACUAAUCAAUUAUUUUACGGUCUUGCUCAUAGUGAUGAACCGAGGUGAAUUUUCACCUGACUCUGCAGUCGCCCUCGGCUCUGUGGAGUGUUCUAGCUGUUUUACCUGAAUCAACCAAAAAGCAGGUAAAGAAAGUUGAGGACUACAUACAUAGUGGCACAUUUAGCAGUUACAGAGCCAGAUAUCUCCCUCAGGAGUUGGAGACUAAAAGAGCUGCAGGGGGAGUAAAUAUUGGGCUUACAAUUGUCAGUUGGACACAAACAUUGCUCCAAAUGAAUGUUUCUAUUGUCUGUGUCCACAGGAUGUGUAAAUAAGCAACUGUUUGCUAAAAAAUCAGAUACAGCUGACUGACUUCCAGCUCAACAGACUGCUCCACCUUAUCAACUUAAAUGUUGUUGAUGAUGUUAAUGUUGUGUUUACAGGUUUAGUGACCCACAGUGUUGACAUCAUGCAGGUGCAGAGUUUGCCAAAGUUUCUAUAGAAACAAAUAGAUUUUUAAAAAGAACAUUUGUGUCUCAGACUUCUUCAGAAACUUGCGGGGUGAGCAAUGAUCAACUUCAUGUCUUUAUUCUGGGGUGAACUGUUCCUUUAAGAUUGGUGGGGUGUUUUCGACACUGCAGUGUCCCUCUGCAGUGUGUACAUCUGAAAACACAUGGCGUGAUGCCACCAACCACCAGAAUGUAAUAUUCAACUCAGAUUAACUUGCUUUAGUCGGGGGCUGUGAUCAGGCCAGACUCCAGACACUAAGUCACGUCUUGCCUUUGUGCUCACUUCAGAAUGUGUUUUAACUAUUUGGAUUAAUUCCUUCUCAGAACUGAAAUGCUGUUUUACUCCAGACUGACUUUCAGCCCAGCAGACUGCUCUAUGAGGUUAGGGCCAUGGGCAGCUAAGGAUGACACAAAGGGUUUUCUCCGUAGUUACUGACUGACGUAUCUAACCCUGUCAGCCAUGAGUUUGUCUCUUCUUGGUCCUGAUGAUGGCAGAACAGGAUUAAAAACAGGAAUAGAAGGGAGACAAACCCUAUAUUGUUGGCGUUUAUCAGAUUAAUCUAGUGCUGAAUCAGAAAAAUAAUCAGUUGUUAUAUAUAAAUCGUUGAAUCGUGUGAAUAUUUGCGACUUUUAUUAGUCUUAUAUUUCUGUAAAUGGAAUAUACUUGUUAUUGGGGAAAGAACAUUUUUCGGACACUACAAGCAAAUUAUUACUAAAUUAUUACUUGAUGAAUCAAAACAUAAUUGACAGAUUAAUAAAGAAAGUAAUCAUUCAUUUUAGUCGUACCCUCAUCGUGCGCCCACAUUGACUCUCUGGUUGAAAAAUAACAUUGCAGAACCCAGUUUUAAAACCUGACACUGACAUUGUAUUUACCCAUAAGCAAUAGACUGUUAUGACUUUUAAAACACAAGUAAUUUUUCUGUGACAGGUGUGUGGUGAGUUACUGCAGUUAUGUCACCUGGCUAAUGAUCCUACAAUGCAUUUAGCGUCAUAGAAAAAGUCCCGGAUAUCUCGACCUGUAUGGGACGCACCGACUCGCUGUACUGAAUGUCACAGGGCCCUCACUGCCUUACAGGUGCAGCACCAAUAUGUCAUAACAGGAGAGACAGCAGACCCUCAGUCCUUCCUCCGCCCCGAUUAAUAUCACGUAGCCGCACCGCCAUCUCAUCAAGCUCUAAGAGAUCUGGAGAAAAUCUCAGUGAGUGCAUUUACACACUAAUACUCUACUACUGUGACAUGUAAACACAUCGUAUCCAGGUUUCUGAUCUUUCUACACCAUGUGUGCAAGUGAGUCAGUAAAUUAUUGUCCAAUACGGGUGAUCAGACUGGAAGUUCAAACAGCCAGACACCAACCUCACUUACACACUUUUUCCUAGUCAAAACCUGAUGCCUACAUUACCCACAACGCAUUUCUCGUAUGUUAUUCUCAUAUUGGUAAAUGUAGCCUGGAGGAUCAGAGCCAUGAUAAAUCUCCCCUAAUUUCAUACUAACACACAUGAAAAUGUACUGUCUGAUUUUUGUGCUUGAAUUUCUCAGUGAGCUUGAUGAGACAGAGCUGUGGCCACACAACACGCCAGUCUACCCUCCUACCACCCCGUCAGUGAUCUCACACACUACCUUUGUUGACUUCAUCAUUCUCUUCAUUCAUUUAAAGAUGUGGCAAAUACACAAUACACACUUUCUACUUACAGGACCGCUGAGAGGUCUAGAUGAAACACCCCCCCAAAAAAAAGCUUAAUAUCAAUGAUAAUAAUUGCAGUAUCUAUAGUGUCAUUGUCCAUAUCUUUAAAAAGCUGUAAUAUAAGCUCGCUCCUUCCUUCACUUUCAUCUUCCUCCUCAUCCCUCUUUGUUCCUCCUCUGUCCACCCAUCAAACCUCAAUUCACAAAGAUGCUGGUAGGUCACACACGAGCAUAAAACACACUUGUGUAUUUGAAUUUUCUUUCUUUGUUUUGUACAGUUUAAGACACGUUUUGGGGGCAAUGUUAGACAAUGUUCCAGACAUUAUGUAGCAACUCUGUGGCCGUCAGACCUGCAGCAUAUUAUUUCUUUCUAAAUCUUUAAGAAGUAUGAGAUUUUUCUUUGUCUGUACAUCAUUAUUAUAACUGUUUGGCUGUGGUUUGUUGUUUUAUUUCAUGACAUUGUGAUUUGUAGUGACUAGGCCAUUAGUACACCACACUGGGGAGGCCUCCUCAACCAUACACACUACCUCUCCGUCUGCCCACACGGACUCAAACACUGAAAUGCAUGAACACGAGCACUAAACGUGCCAGGCUGCAGCAGAGAAGAUCGACAGAUUGCAGAAAAUAAAAAUCUGGUCUAAAAUUCUCCACAUCUCACUAAUGUUUGUAUCUUGAACCCAAAGUGACAGAUAAUUUGUGGCGGUGCUUUUAGUUUGCCAAAGUAGCCUACAUUCAGGCUAGUGUGUUAUGUUGGGUUGCAGCUGAAUAGUGUCUAGAUUUAUGCUAUGUUUUUACACCAUGUAUUUGAAGCAGCAGCAAUAUAGUACUAUAUUAAAAAAAAAAAAAAAAUUUUUAAAAACGUUCCACCAUCGUCCCCUUGAGAAGCCCGACACAUGCCUAGUAGUCAGGUGCCAAAAUUCAGCGCUGCUUGCCACUAUUUUCCACAUUGAUUUGAUUAAUCAAAGCGGCUGCUUGUGUAUUAUCAAAUGAUUAGUAUGGCCUGCAAUUACCGUGGAAGGAGUGUUGUUCAGAUGGCCUCUUUAAGUGCAAGUAUGUUAUUGUUGUUAUUGAUAAUCACUUGAUUUGGGUUUAAUUUUGUAACGUGGAAAUGGUUAAAACUGGGUUUUUUUUAUAUAUAUGUAUAUGAAUAUAAUUCUGUAAAGUGCAGUCAUGAAUUAAGAGAUUUCUCUUUCACAUCAAUACAGUAAAAAGAAUAAAACCACAGUGAAAAUAAUUGUU